GCCGAAUUCCGUAGCCACAAACGCGCAGGCGAGCAUGUACCGCGGCAGCAGCAACAACAGCAACGCGAAGAUUCCGUGCCGCUUCUACAAGCAGGGCACGUGCCGCAACGGCAACAACUGCCGCUUCGCCCACGACAACGGCGGCGGCGGCGGCUCGAACGCGUACAACCACCGGUCCAACCCGAGCGCCAGCCCGUUUGGCCACUCCAACAACAACAACCGAAGCAGCAGUAGCCCGUUUGGCCAGUCGAACAGCAACAACAGCAGCAGUAGCAGUACCAGCCCGUUUGCCAAGCCCUCGACGAGUCCCUUUGGCGGCGGCGGCGGUAGCACCAACCCGUUUGGUGGUGGCGCACCGGCCAACAAUCCGUUCGGCGGCGGUGCAUCCUCGUCUCCAUUCGGUGCGACGACGUCGACCUUUGGCACCACGUCGACCUUUGGCGCGACGUCGAUGGUUGGCGGUGCGGCGGCGGCGGGCACUGGCUUUGGGCAGUCGCCUUUUGGCGGCGGCGCUCCUGCCGCUCCGUCGACAUCGCCCUUUAACGGUCUGGGUGCGACGUUUGGUGCGCCUUCGACCAUGGGCGCGUCGGCCUCCCCGUUCAGCUCCAACGCCAGCGCCUUUGGCCAGACAAGCGCCUUUGGUCAGACGACCGCUUUUGGGUCGACGGCGCCGGCGUCCAGUCCGUUCGGCGCGCCCCCUGCUACCUCGUCGGCAUCUCCGUUUGGUCAAGGUAGUGCGGCGUCCUCGAGCCCUUUUAGCCAGCCGUCGACGCCAGCGAGUCCAUUUGGCCAGCCACCGCCGACCUCGGCAAGCCCGUUCGGAGCUGCGCCGGCCGCGUCGCCCUUUGGCCAAGCGCCCGGUGGUACUCCCAGCAGUCCGUUCGGCCAGCCCAAUGCGUUCAAUCAAACUACGACUAGCAGCCCGUUCGGGAGCACGACGUUUGGUCAAGCCACCAAGAGCCCGUUCGGGCAACCGCCGAGCAGCUCUCCGUUCGGGCAGUCGUCAAGCAGCUCUCCGUUUGGCGCCAAAGACUCAAGCGCCGGGAAGCCCGCCAACACGAUCCCCGACUUGCCCGACGCCGCUGCGAAGAAAGCCACGCGGGUUAAAGCCCUCGACACGUCGGACGUUGCGUGGGCCAAGACGCAGUUUGAGGCGCCGGCGUUCGUGUACGGCAGCGUCCCCGUCGUCGCGCCGCCCCGUGAGCUCUGUUAGAUCGUAACCAACAAACGACGCGGUACAUAAUUAUUAACUACUAUGGGCUAGCUCUCGUCGAGAAUGUCCUUCAUAAUGUCCUCG